AUGGCUGUCAAACAAGUUUCAGGUAUUUUUGAUACUAUCUUAGUGUUAGAUUUUGGUUCUCAAUAUUCUCAUUUAAUUACCAGAAGAUUAAGAGAAUUCAACAUCUAUGCUGAAAUGUUACCAUGUACUCAGAAGAUUUCCGAAUUAAGUUGGAAACCAAAGGGUAUCAUCUUAUCCGGUGGUCCCUACUCAGUCUAUGACCCAGAAGCUCCUCAUGUCGACCAUGACAUUUUCAAAUUAGAUGUCCCAAUCUUAGGUAUCUGUUACGGUAUGCAAGAAUUAGCUUGGAUCAACGGUAAACAAGUGGGUCGUGGUGAAAAGAGAGAAUAUGGUCCUGCUACCUUGAACGUCUUAGAUAAAUCGGAUCCAUUAUUCGCAAAUAUUGAUCACUCUACCGUUUGGAUGUCUCAUGGUGAUAAAUUACAUGGGUUACCAACGGGAUUCAAGACUAUUGCCACUUCUGAUAACUCUCCUUACUGUGGUAUCGUUCAUGAAACUAAGAAAAUCUACGGUAUUCAAUUCCAUCCAGAAGUUACUCACUCUUCGCAAGGUAAACAAUUAUUGAAAAAUUUCGCUGUUGAUUUAUGUCAUGCUACUCAAAAUUGGACCAUGGAAAACUUCAUCGAAACUGAAAUCAAAAGAAUUAGAGAAUUAGUUGGUCCAACUGCCGAAGUUAUUGGUGCCGUCUCUGGUGGUGUUGAUUCCACUGUCGCAUCUAAGUUGAUGACUGAGGCUAUUGGUGAAAGAUUCCAUGCUAUCUUAGUUGAUAAUGGUGUCUUAAGAUUAAAUGAGGCGGCCACUGUUAAGAAAACUCUUGUUGAAGGUUUGGGUAUUAACUUGACUGUGGUUGAUGCUGCCGAUGAAUUCUUAGGCAAACUAAAGGGUGUCACUGAUCCAGAAAAGAAGAGAAAAAUUAUUGGUAACACUUUCAUACAUGUCUUUGAAAGAGAAGCUGAAAAGAUUAAGCCAAAAGAUGGUCAAGAAAUCCAAUAUUUAUUACAAGGUACAUUAUACCCAGAUGUUAUUGAAUCUAUUUCCUUCAAGGGUCCAUCUCAAACUAUCAAGACACAUCACAAUGUUGGUGGGUUAUUAGAAAACAUGAAAUUGAAAUUGAUUGAACCAUUAAGAGAAUUAUUUAAGGAUGAAGUUAGACAUCUAGGUGAACUAUUAGGUAUUUCUCAUGAAUUAGUCUGGAGACAUCCAUUCCCAGGUCCAGGUAUUGCUAUCCGUGUCCUAGGUGAAGUCACUAGGGAGCAAGUUGAAAUUGCCAGAAAGGCUGAUCAUAUCUACAUUGAAGAAAUCAGAAAGCAUGGUCUAUAUGACAAGAUUGCUCAAGCUUUCGCAUGUCUAUUACCUGUGAAAUCCGUUGGUGUCAUGGGUGAUCAAAGAACUUACGAACAAGUCAUUGCGUUAAGGGCCGUUGAAACCUCUGAUUUCAUGACUGCUGAUUGGUAUCCAUUUGAACAUAGUUUCUUGAAGAAAGUUGCGUCAAGAAUUGUUAAUGAAGUUGAUGGCGUUGCAAGAGUGACUUACGAUAUCACUUCUAAACCACCAGCUACUGUUGAAUGGGAAUAG